GCGGCAGCGGCGGCGGCGGCGGCGGCGGCGGUAGCGCGGGCCGGGAUGCGGCGCUACCUGCGGGUCGUAGGGCUGUGCCUGGCCUGCGGCUUCUGCUCGCUGCUGUACGCCUUCAGCCAGCUCGCAGUGUCCCUGGAGGAAGGAGCGGCGGGAGGCCGCAGGCCACAGGCCGCGGCGGUUUCCUGGCUGGCGGACGGCGGACGCGGCCCCGGGAGAGGCGCGGGCAGCGCGGGCCCCGGCUGGCCGGGCAGGUGUAAAGAUUUCUCUCUGUGUUACUGGAAUCCCUAUUGGAUGCUGCCCUCUGAUGUUUGUGGAAUGAACUGCUUUUGGGAAGCGGCUUUUAGGUAUGGUCUGAAAACACAGCCCAUUGAGAAAAUGCACCUUGCUGUUGUUGCCUGUGGUGAAAGACUGGAAGAAACUGUGACUAUGUUGAAGUCAGCUCUGAUUUUCAGCAUCAAGCCACUGCACGUCCAUAUUUUUGCUGAGGACCAACUUCAUGAUAGCUUUAAAGACAGACUUGACAGCUGGUCAUUUCUGCAAAGAUUUAACUAUAACCUGUACCCUAUCACCUUCCCGAGCGACAGUGCUGUGGAGUGGAAAAAACUCUUUAAGCCGUGUGCUUCCCAGAGGCUGUUCUUACCCUUAAUACUGAAAGAAGUUGAUUCACUGUUAUAUGUCGACACUGAUAUCCUUUUUUUACGACCUGUCGAUGAUAUUUGGUCAUUACUAAAGAAGUUUAAUUCCACACAAAUUGCUGCCAUGGCACCAGAACAUGAGGAGCCUCGAAUAGGAUGGUACAAUCGCUUUGCUCGGCAUCCAUACUACGGGAAGACUGGGGUGAACUCUGGAGUGAUGCUGAUGAACAUGACCCGGAUGAGAAGGAAGUACUUCAAGAAUGACAUGACAACCACGCGGCUGCAAUGGGGAGACAUACUUAUGCCAUUGCUUAAAAAAUACAAACUAAACAUCACAUGGGGUGAUCAAGAUCUGUUAAAUAUCAUGUUUUUUCAUAAUCCAGAAAGCCUUUUUGUAUUUCCAUGUCAAUGGAAUUAUCGACCAGAUCACUGCAUAUAUGGAAGCAACUGCCGAGGAGCGGAAGAGGAAGGCGUCUUUAUUCUUCAUGGAAACAGGGGUGUCUACCAUGACGACAAGCAGCCAGCAUUCAGAGCGGUAUAUGAAGCACUAAGAAAUUGUUCUCUUGGAGAUGAUUCCAUCCGUUCCUUAUUAAAGCCUUUAGAACUGGAAUUACAGAAGACAGUUCACACGUACUGUGGAAAAACUUACAAAAUAUUUAUCAAGCAGUUGACAAAAAGCAUAAGAAACCGCUAUGACACACCACCAAAGGAAAGGUGAUUCUUCAUGGCUGCCGAACUAAGUGGAUGAAACCGUAAAGCAUCAGAGAUGUGAAGGGCUUCGGAAGGCACUUCCGUCUCCAGAAUAAUCCUCUUCUGAAGAAAUUACAAGAGCAGCAUGUUCGUGUCAUGAAGAAGAAGUUAAAAUCUUGGGCUCCAAUAAGAAGACAGUUUGAUCUCUGUUAUUUUGUAACAUUACUUGGUGUCAUUCCAAUGUUAAUGAAAACAUUGAACAGUGUGACCUGUGGAGCUGUGUUGGCUCUUAAGUAAGAAAGAAAGAACAGAAUGGGGAUGGAUGGAGACAAUGUACCUCGAACACAAUGGAGACAUUCAAGCUGUGAGUGUAGCAAUAAUCUUAUGUCAGCACUAACCUCACUUUAAAGUGUGAGAAAAAAAGUUUACAGGAGCAGAAAAGUUCUGUUUCUUAAGAAAUGUGAUAUAACCAAUGUAACCAUUGACAAUCUAUGUACCCGCAUACAUUUCAUCUCUGCUCUACAAUAUUUUCUGACAAUCAUGUUUAAGAUUAUUUGUAGGUUUUAAGUAAGCUGCACAUUUAAAGGUUAGCUAUAUGAGAAAGGAGAAAAUAGUGAAAACAUAAGGAGGCAUUUUUAUAUGAUGAAUGUGAGUGUGUGUGUGUGUGUGUGUGUGCGCGUGUGUGUGUGUGCGUGUGUGUGUGUGUGUGUGUGCGCGUGCGUGCAUGUGUGUGUGUGUUUGUGUAUGUGUUCAGAAAGAAAUGAAGUACUUUCAUUUUGUAUGUAUUAAAGUGUCUUGCCAAACCUAAGUUCUAAGAUAUUUGGGGACAUUUUUUAAAAAUCACUUUAAGUGAAAAAUUUCAGCUUUACUGGGUAUUCUGGAAGCAAAAUAUUUUAUGCUGAUAAUAAAGUGAGAACUUUAAUCGCAACACCAACAGGAUGGUGGGAUAUGCAACGGACCAAAUAUUUAAGCCUGUGAGACUGAAAGUGGUCCAGUUAGACUUUCCUUCUACCUCAGUGCAUUCCAGCAUCCUUUUGAAGAGGCAGAUUCGGAGCCUCCCUUUAGAGUAGACAGCUGUGGUGGAUGGUCUGGAGGGAGAGGAUUUUUAAACUAGCAGUAGAAACAGUCAUUUUUGAUUUGGGUAAUGUGCAUAUUCUCUGUUCUGAACACCACCGAGGACAGUUGCUUUGUUAAAAUCUGGGGGAAGAGAGACAUUGCUCCUUGUCCUCUUGCCUCGACGCCUGAUGGUCUGAAUGGUAGCAUGUGGUACACAUUGCAUCCUACCCUGAGCUCCUGGGUGGUCUUCUUUUUUCUCUUGGAUUGUUAAUGCUUACACAGAGAAAGGGAAAUUAUGAAGGAAAAAUAGCGGUUGUGAAGUUCCUGUAUCCUCUGUAGGAAUAUUCAAAACAAGCAAUCGGUGCAGUUGUCCCAGCUUCUGCAGUUCAGCCACAGGCAGGCUGAACUGUUUAAGAAGGUUUAAAGUACCGUUGAAAGUGUGCCUUGUGCCCAGAAGAGGAAUUGGUAACCAGGGCAGUACUCUCAGAACAGAUGGGCUGAAAGAGCAGCAGCCAUGAUUCCUCGGCGGAAUGCUAUGGUGAAGUAAGAACCUGUGGGCUGUAUUAAAGCUUAGAUUGCUAGGUGGAAAAAAGAAUACGCUUUGAAAUGUGGUUGAUAAUCUGAGGGAGCUUGCUAAAAACAGAUAUCCUAUGUAUACUGCAUCUAGGAAGUAGUCGUCAAGAAAUUUUUAAGUGAAGAGAUUAAAAAUUAAGUGAAAGUGGACUAGAGCUAUAGCUCAAUAGUAGAAGUGCUUGCUUAGUGUGCGCAAGGCCCAGCACUAUGACAAUAAUAAAAAACAACAAGGAAUUAAGAGCCUCAUAGUGGCACUCACUAGUCAUAUUCAUUACCUGUCAGUAUCUUGCCAUGCUUGCUUAUUUAUUCCUUUUUCUUAUAUUAAGGUCUCAGGCAUCAUUUUAUGUUUCUGCAGUGAAUGCUUCAGUAAUUACAAAUAACUAUAGUUACUAGAAAAAGUAGUGCUGGCCUUUGGGUUUCCUCUCAUAGCCAGUCCUUAAGCAAACUUCCCUGCUUGUCUCAAAUAUGCAUGCGACCUGAUGAUUCUGUUUUUAUGAGCUCCUCAGAAGUUCUUGAUAUCAGCUAGUUUAGGAAGCACUGGAAAUUAUUUUUGCUACCUUUAAAGUUGAAGUUAGGGUGUCACAGUUACUGGCACAAUUGCUAAAUUAUGAGUGCCAUUUUUGGGCACUUGGGGCUAUUGGCAAGAGGGGAAUUCAUUAGAGUAAAUUUCCUAAGAUCUUAUUUUCUCAGUAGCUGGAGACUCUCAACCCCAUGGGCUCUGGUGUGACUGGUUGAGGUAGUUUAAAGGAAGGACCUAAAAUGCACUCAAACUUCAUUUGUGUGAAAAGAUUUUGGAAAACCUCUAGAAAUGUAUUCUAAGAAAAUGCAGUUUUCCUCUGUGGUAAAGAGCCCAAGAGCUUGCUCAUCUUGGACAUUGCUGACACAUGGCUCUCAUCUGCCGUCCAUCAGAUGUUAGUGUCAUGACAAGGACAGAUUGGGAAGUGAGCUUGGAUUUUUGCCUGGGCUUGAGACAUGCCGACUGUACAUGGUGCCUGAGAAGGGAGACCUUGGAGGGGUGACUGGAGGAACUUCUGUAGCUCUUCAGCCACCAGUGUUGCUGGAGUCCAGUGUUGAGGGGCUGCUCCUGAGGCUGAAUGCUUUUGCUUUUUUCCUCCAAGGUAGAUUUGCUGAUGGUAUGUGGAAGAAUAGAUUUUAAGGAAGAGAAAGAACGUAGAGAAGAAAAGGACGAUGGAAAUGAGUAGUCAAGAAAGAAGGAAAGGAAAGAGAGAGUAAAAGAAAGAUGAAAGUUUGAGUAAGAGGAAAGAUGGAAUGACAGUGGGGAGUUGGAGAAGUGAAAAUGGAGGAAAUUGUGUGGAAACAUGGCGUCUCCCUGCCUAGGUCAAUGCUUGCUUUACACCUGCAGGGCCAGGACUGGUGCCCGGAUUCCAUGGGUGGGGACAGCAGAGCAACCUUGUUUGACCUACUGAUACCAGGCAUGCUUCUUGUUUACCUUAUUCACUGCUCAUGUAGCCUUUGUUGUGCAACAUUUGUUUUUCUUUCCCUGGGCUCCAUUGUGUGAGCUAGGAUCUCUGGAAACACACAUACUUUCCGUCUUAAUGUCUUUAGCUUCUGCAGGGGAAGCCUGUGAAGAGAACUCCAUUAUGUCUAAAUAUUUUGUAGUGGUUUUUCCCUAGCACUGCUAAUAGAGGCCAGUAUGGGAGUCUCUGUCUUGCCUAGAAUGGUGGCUGGAACAGUGGUGACAUCUACUUACUCCUCAGUGGGGGAUACUUUGGGUCAACUGUUGUGAAUGGCUUCAAGAAGACAGGAGAAGGCAGAAACAUUAAAAGCAAAACUUUAAAGACUAUUCAUUGUCAGGACAGAGCGCUGGCUCAGUGGUUGGGACUACUUGUUCCUAGCACCCACAUGGUGGUCCACAGCUAUCUAUCACUCCAAUUCCAAGGGUUUCAACACCCUCUUCUGACCUCUGUGGACACCCGACACAAAUGUGGUGCAUAUACAAACACACAAGUAACACACAUAAAACAAUCUAAAGAAUUAAAAAAUACUCAUUCUCCUUUUCAGUUGCAUGUAUUGUAAUCAGUAGUGCAGGCACAGUCAGCCUCUUGGAGAUGUUUUUAGUAACAUCUCAGUCUUUUCAAAUACUGUUUCAAACAUGCUCUGUCUUUUCAAAUACUGUCUUUGAUUUCUUGGAAUAGAAAACUAGAGUGUGCAAUAUGUCAGGUUUGAGGCCAGUAUCCAUUUAUUAAAUGUAAUUUCAAGUGUCUUAAAGUAAUAGUUGCCUUACUGCGUUUUAGUAUCAAUGGAGGUGGACUGAGGUGGCCACUGCUGCAGUGCUCAUCGUUCUCUGUGUCGCCAAAGCAGACCUUUUGUCUAAAGCCUGGCUAACUUGUUCUUGACGUUUGUUGCUUUUUAAAUUCAUUGAAGAGAAAAUAGAUUUAAAAAAAACUAAGUUAUAUAGAUUUAAGGCAGAUGUCUAAAAGCUGUUAUAAGGAUUAAAACUGAGCAUGGUGGCACAUAACUUGUUACCCAAUACUUGGGAAACUGAGGUACAUUCAAGGCCAGUAUGGCCUUUGUUGAAAUCUUGUCUCAAAAAGAAAAAAAAAAUCCUGAAAGUGUAUAUUACUCAAAUAUAUUGUAAUUGGAAAAUCAUGAGAAAAACGCACCAUAGCAUAUUGGCCUUGGCAGUCUACAGUUGCCUACAGAUCAGUGUCAGAGUUUGAAAACUUGUCACCUCAUUCCAGCUAAUGAUUACAAGUAUCUCCUGGGAUUUCCUUAGACUUUUCUAUCAAUUUAUGUUUCAAACAAUCAGGAACUUUGUAGGAAAUUUGUCUUAAUACUGUGAGUACCAUACAUUUUACGAUCAACCUUGAGAACCAAUUGGAGCCUUUGGCCUGCGUAGAUUAUCUAUAGAGUUGGGUUAUAAGAGCAUAUUCACCAUGACAGCCCUCUAAAAGCUCGUUAAGAGAAUGUGACAGCCUCUGUGCCAUUUAAAUAGUACAUUGUUUCACUGUGAUAGUUCAGUAGGGAUGCUUCCAUUGGAACUGUUACAAGUGGAUUUUAUAAAUUUUUUAAUUUAUUUUUUAUUUUUACUGUACUAGCUGUUUUCAACUUUGUAUAAAAUCUCUUCAGGGAAUACUGAAAUGUUAUCAAAUAAUCCACAGCUUGUGGCGUUGCUGUAGCCUGUGUCCCUUCAGAAUUCCACAGAACAUGCCUUCAUUACACGAAUUGCCAUUGAUAUUUGAUGAGCACUGCAUCAGAAGGUCUGUGAGGUGGAGAUCAGAACCUGGAAAAGGUUGCAAGUGUUGGCUUCUGCCGAGCACUGUGCGUGAGGCCGCCGCUGUGCUGCGUUGUCCGAAGCUGUGGGCAGGCAUCGUGACGAGACUGGUGUGUAGACACCACUGCCUCAAAACUGCUUAAACCUGAACAUAUUUUGGUUUUAUAAUAAUGUGAAUAUCUUUUCAGUUACUUUUUGUAUCUUGAAAAUUCUCAAAGGGGCGUAUAAAAUUAUAGAUUUGGGGGGGUCUAGCUUACCAGUAUUGGAUGAUGCCUUAUUCUGUUCUGGAGGGGUUAAGCUCAGGUGUUUCUUGAGAAACUGUAUUGCUGUUACUAAAUAUGUACUCAAUAAAUGUUGGAAUUUUC